UUUCCAGUGCAAAUGAAUCUAAUAGCUCAAUCUCCGUUUAUACCUCUGGCUGAAGUUCUCUGUUGUGCAGUGUCUGAUAUGAAUGCAGCUCAGAUGGUAGUAACACAGGAAUCACUCAUGGAGCACUUGCAGAAACACUACCCAGGCAUUGCAGUUCCAUCUCAAGAUAUUCUCUAUACGACUCUGGGAACUCUGAUUAAAGAGAGGAAGAUUUAUCACACUGGAGAAGGAUACUUCAUAGUUACUCCUCAGACUUACUUUAUCACAAAUACGACCCACCCAGAAAAUAGCAGAGUCCGAUCAGAUGAAAGUCACCCAGUGCCACCUUCCGUUACGUAUCUGGUGAGCAUGGACCACUCUGCAGAAUUAGCCAGAGACAAUGCUGCUGUCGUUUCCCACUGUCAGUCUUGCCAGUGUUUUCCUGAUGGCAGCACUCGGGGCCUUCGGGAUGCACAAGCUGCACCAGGAGUGAUCAGAAAAGACCAGAAAGGUCCUGGGGACUCCAAACCUGGGGGACACAAUCAGGCCUUUUCAGGGGCUGAGGAGAAGCACAGCUGCAGUAGGACCGAGCCUUUACCAUGUACAAAAGACAGAGAAAAAGGCAGGAGAUUUGGCUUUGGUCUCUUCUGGCGUAAUAUGUCUAGGAAGGAGAAGCCCAAAACAGAGCACAGGAGUUUCUCGGCCCAGUUCCCCCCUGAAGAAUGGCCUGUUCGAGACGAAGAUAACUUGGAUAAUAUCCCACGAGAUAUUGAACAUGAGAUAAUUAAACGGAUCAACCCCAUCCUGACCGUUGACAACUUAAUCAAACACACGGUCUUAAUGCAAAAAUAUGAAGAACAGAAAAAAUAUAACAGCCAGGGUACUUCCACUGAUAUGCGGAAGAGUCGGCACACGCACUCUCCAAAGGAGAGGGUGAAGCAAAGGCAGGGUCGGCCUGCAAAGCCUCACAGGCAGGGCCAUUCUCUCAGAGAGAGAGACACCCGCAAAGAUAGGAGUCAGGCAACUGAGCCUCCGCCAAGAAGCAGUAGACAGGAGAAACACCCCAAGCUCCCUGCUACACAGUCCACCCCCAGAAGUAAAAGCCCAGAUGAAGUAGCUCAGAAACCGCUUGGUGAGACUCCAACAGUGCUAGGUACCUAUUCGAUUUACAAAAGGCAAAUCAGCAAUCCUUUCCAGGGUCUGCCUCGCCGAAGGAGCCUAGGGACCAGAGGGCACAAAACUCAGAAGACCAGUGAUCUGAAACCCAGACAGAUGGGACCAAGAGAAAAGAUUUUCCGAAGGUCACGAACUUUAAAUUCCUCAAGAGUUUUCAGCGGUGAAACCGAACAACGAGGUGCUGAACGAUGUGAAGCUAGACUGAAAGCAGAGUCAGCUCAUGUGAGUAACCCUGUCAUUGAUGGCUUCCAGGGUGACCUGGCAGAGCACCCCCAAUGUCGUGUCUUACAGAUGGACAAUAAAGGCUGUUCCCGCAGGGAAGACAUAUUUGGAUGUGAUGUGUGUGGGGAAGAAAAUGAGCUCAUCCCUGAAGUCUUGAGGAAAAGUCAUUCCCACCUGGACAAAUUAGGGGAGACCGAAGAAGCACAGCAUACGCUGCCAUCGCGAGACCUUUCCUUGUUCGACCGGUCUUCCUCUGCUUGUGUACUGGUUGCUAAAACAAUGCAACAAUUCCAAAAUCUCGACCUCUUGGAUUAUCCCAUUGAUGUGAGCCAUGUGAGCCAACCCAAGAGACCAAACAGAGACUCAGAAGGGGAGCUCACGAGAAAGGCGUUUAUUCAGCGCACAGAGCCCGCUCCUCUAGAAGCUGAAGGGCUUUCUGACCCUGACCAGGCCUUUCCUGAGAAGGAAGUGGAGGAUGAUGACGGUGCCUGCAGUUCCCUCUAUCUGGAGGAGGAGGACUGUUCAGAAAAUGAUGACUUAUGUCAAAUGCUGCCUGGGCAUACUCAGUAUUCCUUCCCGGGUGAAAGUAAAUGGAAUCAUUUAGGAAAGCAGAAGGCGACUGGGAGAUCUCUCUCUGAGUACAGCACGAAAACACACAGAUCGGAGCCUCAGGUGCUCAGUGACCAGUGUCACAAAUGCAGUGGGAUGUGCCCCAAUCCAGGGGAAAGCCAAAACCCUAACCACUCUGCUGGAAGCUGCGACUUUAAUUCAGGGACCAGGUUUGCAUUGAAUUCUGAAAAGGAGCCUAGUGUUGCUCAAUGUGUAGUGCAGACCUCAGUGCUUGCGGAUGAAAGCCUACUUGAUUACUGUCACACAAGGAUAGCCAAUUCCAAGGCCGAGCCCCUGCAAGCUUCGGUUGGUGACACAAGAAAGAAACUAUCCAUCUGGAGCCAGAGCCCUCAGAUUCAGGAACCAAGAAACCAUGCCCCACGGAAGCUAGAACUUUUCAAUUCUUCAAAUAUGCCAUCCCAGGAUGUCCACCAUGAUGACAGUCACUUGGAACAAACAGAAAACCAUAGCAUGGCAGGAGAUAGUGGAAUUGAUUCUCCUCGGACACAGAGUCUGGGAUCUAAUCAUUCAGUCAUUUUGGAGGGACUGAAAAGAAGACCGAGUUUUCUGCAGAACUUUGAAGGCACAAAGAGCAGUCAAGCUCUCACACCGGAUUCCUUACUACAACGAACUCCAGUCAUAAAUGUUUAAUGUCUAUAUUUCUUUGGGAAAUGUUUUGUUUGUAAAAAUGGACAACAGUUCUAUGCAUCGUCAACCAAGUAUUGAAAACUCACUGCCCAUGGAGUCCAUGCGUAGUGACCCUAGAGAGAGUAGAACAGCCUGCGAGUGUCCGAGGCUGAAGGCCUCAGCUUUUCCCCACGGAUUGGUUGGUGCUUUCAGACUGCUGGCCUUAGAGUUAAGCAACCCAUUUCUCAACCCAGCAUGCCACUAAGGCUUCUUGAAAUUCCGGCUUAGAUACUAUUCAACGUGUUACAUAUUUUGCUCUAGUU